GUAAAUUGUUUUCAUCACGGAAAGCAACAAUUUUACGUUAUACAUGUACAUACAUAUGUAUCCUACUCAUUCGAGUUCCAGGCCCUUCUGUGCCGGUUAGCCUGGUUACAUCAAAAUGUCAUGCAUUGAGAACCUCAAUGAAGACUGCCUGCUUAAAAUUAUAGAGUAUCUGGAUCUGGAGGAGCAACUGCAGCUAUGGCAGAGUUUCAAGCCCACAUCCCGUCUGCGAUCAGUGCUUUCGUACAGAUGGCAGCACCAGACCAAUCACUCCCUGGACGCGGAAACAUUUGUUCAAGAUCCCGAAAUUCUCGAUGUAUUCCUACAGUGCAUCCAGCCCACUGUGUCGGAACUCACACUGCGGUACCUGACCAUGGAUCUCCUCGAACAUUGGAAGAACCGCAUAUUUCCCAAUUUGCGCGAACUGACCUACAUGGGAGAUGAAAACAGUGAGUUGGAUGGAGACUCCGACAUCGCGAUUCUGGUGGGCUGCUUUCCGCACUUGGAAGGUAUUGGGCUGAGCGGAAACUCCAGUGGUCAGCACAUUAGCCGGUGGAGGAACCUUCGCCGACUAGACCUUCAGCUGUGCUGGUACUUGAACACACAGUGCUUCGAGGAAAUCUGCCAGAACCUUCGACUUCAGACCCUGAGUAUCCAAUGGCACAGAGCAGAGGAAGAUGCCUAUGUGCGGGCGAUCUGUACGCUGAAGGAACUGCAGGAGUUGGAGUUGGAUAUAGUCCACCUCUCAACUGAAAACACCAGCAAGCUGUUGCGACUGCCCAAAUUAAGCAAGCUCCGUCUGCACCAUUUCGAAGAGUUGGACGAUCUGCUUUCGGAUAUUGGUAAUCAACGGGGUCAGGAUGUGGUGGCGGCCGCUUUCAGCGAUAACAUCUGGAUGAGGCCCUCUAACAUUUUAGCCAAGUUCCAGAGCCUCCGUUGCCUAACUCUCGUCGAUGAUGAAGGCUGUUGCGCCAUCGAUUUCCGCACGACAAUCAUCAAUUGCUUUCCUCUUUUGGAGCAACUGCAUCUGGAGAACUCGCGCAUUUGGUUAAAUGCGCAUGGUAUUUGGGAAGUAGCACUCGCUUGUCCACGACUCAGGGAUUUCAGCCUAUCCAAUCAGAUUCUAUACGAUGAAUUCUUUGUCUUUUGCGAAUCCACCAUGAAGCGGGCUUUGGAUCAGCGGACGGAGCCUUUGAGGAUGCAUUUUUAUAAAACCGGCAAGGAAGAUUUGAUUGCCAAGCAUUUUAGGCAUCCGAAUCUGAAAAUUUGCUUUAAUCCAACAAAUAACCUUUUCUCACAAUUAACUGCAGAAUCAGUGGAACUGGAAUUUUUACCUCAGGAAUCGUGAUCCUCAAGAAGUGCAAUGUGGUGUUCUUUGAUUCAAGACCAUUCUUCCUUAAAAUUUGUAUUCCGCUAGUUAUGUUUUAAAUGGUAAUUAAUAUCAAUGUUAAUAUCAAACCUCAACCGCUCCGACAUUUUUACAAAUGUUUUGUCUUUCCUACAAAAUUGUUCAAUUUUUGUUUUUAUAUUUGGAAAUAUUACGCGUUAAAUUGUAUCGUAAUACACAAAUAUAUGUUUUUCCAUGACAGCAAAAUUCAUGUAAUAAACCAAAAUAUGUAAUGUAAAA